CGUCACUUCCGGCUGCUCCGGUUCCGGUUCCGGCGCGGCCACACGUGCGCGGUGCGGGGCGAUGCGGCCGCUGACGGAGGCGGAGACGCGGGCGGUGUUCGAGAAGCUGCAGCGAUACAUCGGUGAGAACAUCCAGCUGCUGGUGGACCGGCCCGAUGGCACCUACUGCUUCCGCCUGCACCGAGACCGCGUCUUCUACCUGAGCGAGAAGCUGCUGAAGGUGGCCGCCAGCGUCCCCCGCGACAACCUGGUGUCACCCGGCACCUGUUUCGGGAAGUUCACCAAGACGCAGAAGUUCCGGCUCAGCGUCACAGCCCUGGAUUUCCUGGCGCCCUACGCCAAGUUCAAGGUGUGGGUGAAGCCCGGCUCGGAGCAGUCCUUCCUCUACGGCAACCAUGUCCUGAAGUCGGGGCUAGGCCGCAUCACAGAGAACACGGCGCAGUACCAGGGCGUGGUGGUUUACUCCAUGGCCGACGUCCCACUGGGCUUCGGGGUGGCCGCCAAGUCCACACAGGAGUGCCGGAAGGUGGAUCCCAUGGCCAUAGUGGUGUUCCAUCAGGCUGACGUCGGGGAGUACGUGCGGAGCGAGGACACACUGACCUAAGGGACAUCAAGUGCUGCUGUGCUGACCAGACCUUGUCCUGCACCGUCGGUGCAGCCACGGCGCACGGAGCCACACGGAGACCCCGAGCGGGGCUGGGAGCUGCCAGCACGUGGCCCCACGCCCCCAGGGGUGCUGCCAAGGCAGGAGGAGCUGUCCCUGUGCCAGCCCUGCCCCUGCCGCACAUAAAGCCAGUUCCUUCUC